AUGAAUCAUGACCUGGACGCGACAAAAUUCCGUAGACAGCGUAGGCCCCUGGUAGAAUUGGUGUUCUUGCGGCUGUUGAUGUGCCCAAGUUGGAUGGGAGAAAUUCAGGGAGGUGUGCGAUGCUCUGAAAAGUCGCAGGGAUUCUUGGGUCAGUUUGUAGAGGAUAUGCAGAUACAUCAGAGGCGCGAUUUUCGACAGCCUGUACUAACAAAUCGGUUCUUUUUUGGUUCAGCACCAAAAGGCCACCACUGGUGCCCCCAGAUAUGUGAUGGCCCAUCAAAGAGGUGCCUGAGACUGCCACGGUGCUACAGUUGUCAGAAGAUUGAUUUGUGUGUUGGUUCUGGUGGUCGGUGA